CGGAAAGUGUGUGCUUUUUGCUGACUUGGAGCACAUCUCAUCUCCUGGUUUCAUUAUGAGGAAGGUGCUCUCAAUCUGGUCAUUCUAUGGAUGAAAAGGGUGUAAAGAAAAGGGAUUUCUGAGUGCAAAGCUGCUUUUGGAAGAUCAGGCUAACUGCAACCACUCUGGAAUAUGGAUACCAGUGAGGAUUUUGUUUGAAACAUCUUUCUGCUUUAUGGUUUUACAGGGGAGGAUUUAUCAAAAUGAUAGUAACACAAAUUGAAGCCAAGGAGGCCUGUGAUUGGCUGAGAGCAGCUGGGUUUCCACAAUAUGCUCAGUUAUAUGAAGACUUGCAGUUCCCCAUUGACAUUGAAAUUGUGAAGAACGAUCAUGAAUUUUUGGAUCGAGAUGCAAUGGAAUCUUUGUACAGGCGCUUGAACACAUUGAACAAGUGUGCAACCAUGAAAGUUGAAAUCAGCCGUCAAAGAAAACGGAGUGAUGAAUCAGAGGAGGACGAACCUUGUGCUAUAAGCAAUAAAUGGUCCUAUCAGAGACAAAGCCAAAGAUGGUCUCGGUUGGAGAAUUUUGAUUGUCCUCGAUCUGAUGAAGCUUCCAGCAUAUCUGUGCCAAAUAGUCCAGUGUUCAAAUGUCCUAAUGAGGAUGCAACAUUUUCAGAUCAUGGAGACAAAACUGAUGUGACUUCAUUACACAGCUCUAGUAGUGGGGAGAGUGACAGCUUUCCCAAAACAUACGAAGAGCUAGAAACCAGUAGAAGUUCCUCAAGAUGCUCUUCAGGCAAACUUAUCUCUCCUGAUACUAGUUUUAGCUAUUCUCCUUGUCCUAGUGAGAUGCUUAAUAUAAUUAGUGAGGACAAACUGCUUGACAAACCACCAAUUAAAAAAGGGAAAAGUCUUCUUCGAAAAAUGGAAAAACUGCGCUUAAGGAGUUCAACUGUGAAGAGAAGUACCCACCCAAAAGAUAAACUUACUAUUAGUGGACCUGUUAUACUCGAUGGACUUGACGAUGAGAAGCUGAGAAACCUCAACUGUGUGAACAUUUCAGAUCUCGCUGAUGCUCAGAGUAAAGGGGGCUUCUCAUGUUCUUCUCAAACAUGUAGCAGCAGUAGCCCUUCUGAGAAUAGCAGCACUGUAAGCACACCCAGUCCGAUUAUAAGAGCACGAAGCCACGCAAAAAGAGGUGGAAUUUAUGCAGAAGACUUUGACCCCUCAAAGCUUUCACUGUGGAAUGAUGUAUCAGAACAGAAUUUUAGGAAUGAGAGACAUAUACAUGAAAAUCAGCUAUUUCAAAUACCACAAGGUCACAAGCCUGGGACAUUUCCUAAAGCACUUACAAAUAGCAUUUUAUCUCCAAUGGACAACACUUCUGUAAACUGGAGAACUGGAAGUUUUCAUGGUUGCAAUAGGAACAGGAGGAGAUCGAACAACUCUAGGGAUUCUGAUGCUCCUUCAAGUCCACUUUCACUUUUUGAUAACCGGAUGAGCAUUUAUGACAAUGUACCAAACAUUCCCUUCCAUUUUGGUAAACUUGAGUCAACAGGAGAUGAUGAUGUAUUUUCAGAACUAGACAAUGUGAUGGAACAUGUUAAUGGACUAAGAAAGCUGGUCAGUGAAUGGUCAGAAAAGUUCUCUGAUGAUGGGGACUCUGACUUUGCCAAUGACUCAACUUCACCCUGUCCGUCUUCACCAAAAACAAUCCAUCUUGAAGUGAAGGAACAUUUACAUGACAAAUCAAAAGUUAUAGAUCUUAGAGAGACAGACAGUUGCAAACCUUGUACAGACAGUGAAUCUCCAACCUUGCCGUACAUAACAAUUUCAGAGAUUGGAUCUUCUUUAACAGAUUGCAGUAGACAAAGUCCAGAGCCUGAAAAUCUUUCCCUGCUACUUGACAGCCAAUCAGCAGCUAACCUGAACCGUAUUCAGAAACUCUCUUUGCUGAAGCUAACGGCAUUAAUGGAUAAAUAUUCCCCUUCCAGCAAGCAGGGAUGGAACUGGACUGUUCCAAAGUUUAUCAGAAAAAUUAAGGCUCCUGACUAUAAAGAUAAAAAUGUAUUUGGUGUUCCAUUUAUUCUGAACGUGCAGCGGAUGGGACAUCCAAUUCCUAAGAGCAUCUUGCAGGCUAUAGAAUAUCUCCGGAUUCAUUUUCUUGAUCAGGUUGGACUUUUCAGGAAGUCAGGAGUAAAAUCUAGAAUCCAGUCACUAAGAGAAAUGAAUGAACUGGAUUCUUCUUUUGUGAACUAUGAAGGACAGUCUGCAUUUGAUGUGGCAGAUAUGGUGAAACAGUAUUUCCGAGAUCUGCCUGAACCCAUAUUCACAAGCAAAUUGUGUGAAUCAUUCUUGCAUAUUUAUCAGUAUUUACCUAAGGACCAACAGUUCUAUGCUGUGCAAGCUGCUAUCCUGUUGCUUCCAGAUGAAAAUCGUGAGGCCCUCAAAAUCCUGUUGUGCUUCCUUAGAGAUGUGGUUGCAUGUGUAGAUGAAAACCAAAUGACUCCGACAAACAUUGCAGUGUGUCUGGCACCUAGUCUGUUCCAUCUCAACAGUCUUCGGAGGGAAAGCUCAUCAUCUUCGUCUAGGUCGAGCCAAAGAAAGCACAGUACUGGAAAACCAGACCAGAAAGACUUGAGUGAAAAUCUGGCGGCUACUCAUGGCUUGGCGCACAUGAUCACAGAGUGUAACAGGCUUUUUCAGUUGCCUGAGUAUUGUCAUGACCUGUGUCCUGUCAUUCCUCAAGUAUUACCCAGCCAUCCUGACUCUGUUAUAAACACAUCCACAACGUCAUUGGUUGCACAUUGCAACACCCUUAUUUCCCUAGAGAAUUCAAUGCAGAAUCUUCUUCGAGAUGCCAAAGACAAGUACAGAAGUUGGGUGCCGUGCACAGGAUUUGAACAUGUUGAACUGGGGUACAAGAAGGUAGAAAGUGAUGAAUACCCAAUUAGGUUGUGGAAAACCUCGGUUGAAAUUGAAGGUACUCCCCAAAUGGUCUUGCAACACAUUCUCAGAGAACAACACACCUGGGACCCCAAUCUUCAGCAGUCCAAGAUCAUUGAAACCCUUGAUGAAGAUACAGAAAUUUAUCACUAUUCAUCUGAAAAUAUGUCUCCACUGCCGCCCAAGGAAUAUGUCGUUUUAAGAACAUGGAGGACUGAUCCACAAAGUGGCACCUGCAUUGUGGCAGCAACAUCUAUUGAAUGUGAAGAUGUUCCGAUUGCUGGAGUUCUGGGACAUGUCAUCUUGUGUCAACACCUCAUCGAAAAUACUGGAACGCAGAAAUGUAAAGUAACUCACGUCUGCAGGACAGACACAAGGGGUCGUACAACAGAGUGGUACAAUAGAGUCUUUGGCCACAUUUGUGCUGCGGAAAUAGUGAGAAUAAAGGACUCUUUUAACAAGAAGAAAGCUGUGAAGAUCUGAACUAUUUUCUUUGGUGCUGUUGGAACGUGCACUUUUCCAUUCGUUUACAGCCACAACAAAGGAUUUAAAUGCUAACAUGUAUUGCCAGCAGGAAAUGCAACAUACAGAUCCUCGUACCAGCUCAAAACAAUCUUUUGUACAUAUAUAAAUCUUCUAAGAAUAUGUUUCUUAAGUAGAAGGAAAGGGUACUUGAAUAAAUUUUACUUUUACAUUAUUAAAUAUUCAUUUAUUUAUGUACAAAUGUCAUUAUACAAUAUUCUAGUCAAAUUAAUGUAUAUAUUUUCACUAUACAGAAUAACUUAUUUAUACAUUUUAUCUUUUUCUUUCUUGUACAUUUAUUUUGCGCCUUUUUGAAUUCACAGAAAUAUGUAUAAAAAGCACAGUAUUGCACAGUCUUACUACCAGUUGUUAGUCAGUUAAAUGGAGACAUGGAAAGCUUAACAGGGUAAUGAGAUUUUAAGACUUUCUAGUAUAAAAUGAAUUAUAUUUUAUAAUAAGAGAAAAUUAGUUUUGAGAUGUAGGACUUUUUGAGACGCCUCUUUUUUUAAAAGGAAACACAGAAACAAAAAAAAAAUUGUUAAUGUAUUAAUGUAUGUUUGUGAGUCAGGCACAAAAUCUAAAAGAAAAAAUAUACUUUUUUGGCAAUAUCAUUACAUGUUGCAAAACACAUUUUUUUUCAUAGUGAAACUUCAUUGAAAUCUUUUGUGGAAGGUUAUACAUUUUGAGAACAUGUAUUUUCAAACCUAUUUUGUCCGCAUACAAUAUGGGUAUUUCCAAUUGCUUUAUGGCUUUGACUGUAAAAAAGCACCAUGCACAAUAAAAAAUACUUUUAUGUGUUUUUGUAAACCUAAACUGUACUUAGUAAUAUCUGUUCUUUAGAUCGGUCUCAUCUGAUGUUUUGGCUACUUUUCUUUUGCAAGAAAUUACAAGCAGUUAAGGGCUUAAUCAUUAAAAAAAAAAAAACAAAAAAAAAAACAUUUUCUUAUAUUUGCUUUUUAAAUUUUAUCAUAAUGUCAACAUUUGCCAUACUAUGUCUUUACUUUAAAUGAAGGAAUAAAUAGAUAUUUGUUUCUUAGAAGCAAGAAACACUACGGAGCAGAUUACAAGUUGAGAACAAUCUAUACCAUUUGUAUUGUUUUGCAAUGGUAUUAGGUGUCCAUGGUUAAAGGGAAAUGAAACCGAAGUUUUUCCUUUCAUGAUUUAGAAAAAACAUGUAAUUUUAAAUAAUUUUCCAAUUUACUUCUAUUAUUUAAUUUGCUUUAGUCUCUUGAUAACUUUGUUAAAAGCAUAUCUAGAUAGGCUCAGUAGCUGCUGAUUGGUGGCUGCACAUAGAUGCCUCUUGUGAUUGGCUCACCCAUGUGCAUUGCUAUUUCUUAAACAAAGGAUACCUAAAGAAUGAAGCAAAUUAAACAAUAGAAGUUAAUUGGAAUGUAGUUUAAAAUUGUAUUCUCUAUCUGAAUCAUGGAAGAAAAAUUGUGGGUUUCAAUUUAAUAUUUAUUAAAUGUAAUAUUUAAUAUAUAUUAUGAGCACUGUAGUAUAGUGCACACAAAGCUUUUCAUGCCAGGUAAUAUGGGUGCAUAAUUUCCUUCAGAUAAAAGAUUUCCAUGAGGGACUGCACUAAAAUCCAUGUCUGAUAACACUUGAGAGCAAAGCCAUUGGAGAACGAAAAUUCCAUGCAAAUAGUGGCGUUUUUGGUUAAAUUCUUCUCUAUGCACCUAUGUUGUUAAAUGCACAAUAGAUCGCAAGUGAUAACACUUAUUAACAGGAGUGGUAUCUCACACCACUUCAUUAGUCACUUAUAAUGCAAGGACAAUGAAUGCCCUACUAACACUUCUCAUUGAGAGUAUAGGUUGCACUAUAUAAGUAUCAGCGGCUUUUGUUAAACAUUUUAACUAACAUUAUUGACUAUGCGAGGCCAAGUGCAAAAUAACGUAACACGCUUUUUCACUUGCGCGCCCUUUGCUAUCUAGGCCUUUGUCAUUUAAAAGGGAAUCCGUUUUCAAAGACUUACUAAAAUCAGAACUCUUACUUUCUGUGUAUAACUUUAAAAUAUGAGAACUAAACAUUUUUAUGAAGAUGUAUACAGUUCUUUUCAAUGCUAAAGAACCUUUUGUAACAUCCAGUACAUGCUGCUACGCAGACUAUUCAUAAUAUUCUGAAGAAUGCUAGGGAACACAAAUCUACCAGAAUUGCUUCUUAUUAAUGCUGUAUAGUUUUGGUAACUUAUAACAUUGCCUGUUAGGAAUAUGGAGACUGUUCUGCAGUUUAUUUUAAAGGGACAUUAAAUUAUUAGUUUUAUAUCUGAGCAACUAUGUAUGGCAUUGUGAAAGAUCUGCAUACAAAAUUAGUAUUUUAAAAGCUAUUUAAAACUAAUUUUCUACAUGGUUUACAAAUAAAGAGCAGUCCAGGGAUACAACCUCUGACCAAAUAUUAAAUGAGCUUGUGCACUGCUAUUAGUAUAGCUAGUGAAUGACAGUAACAUUGCCCUAUAUGCAGGAACGCUUAGGCAAAUUACUAGUAUGUGGAAAUGCACUCAGGCCUGUUUUGUGAAAGUGAGGAAACAGCAAAAGCAGUAAAAUGAAAUGUACGUUUUAAUAUUAUGGUUAAUUAUUUGACUGGGUAUUUGAUGUCUAAUGCGUUAAGCUUUUCACUAUUAAAUUGUUUUUCUUGCUAAGACUAAGAUAGGCAAAGCAUUUUUAGUCCUAGAAAAGACUACUGUAAUGUGAUACUAAACUACCCUUAAAGGGAUAUGCAUACUUCAGGGCAGCAGUGAGAUGGGUGGCAUCCUAUAGCAUGGAACUUUCAUAAGAAUCCUAUGUUGAAGCAACAUUAACUUGUUUUUUUCCUGUAACAAACAAAAUUGUAUUAUUGUCACCAGAAUUAUAAAAUGUCAUCUGAAAGGGAGCAACCUGCUAUGGUUGUGUGAAUUUCUUCUGUGAUUCAGACAGAGCAUACAAUUUAAAAAAGACUUCCAAUUUACUUCUAUUAUCAAAGUUGCUUCGUUCCCAUGGUAUUCUUUGAAGAGAUACUUAGGUAAGUGUCUGGAGCACUACAUAGCAGGAAAUAGGGCUGAAAUCUAGUGCUCUUGCAAAACUGCUUCCAUACAUGUGCAUGCUCCUGAGUGUACAUCACUGUUUUUCAACAAAAGAUACCAAGAGAACAAAGAAAAUUUGAUAACAAAGUAAAUUAAGUUGUUUAAAAUACCAUGCUCUAUCUGAUUCAUAAAGAAAAAAAAAUUGUUUAAUUUCCCUUUAACCUUUUUUAUAUUUAUAAACAGGUUCAGUGCUUGUACAGCUGAUUUAAUGUCCCUUUAAUCCAGGGGUGGGCAUUUAUCGGCCCUUCAGAUGUUAUGGACUACAUCUCCCAUAAUGCUCUUUCAGCCAUAAUGCUGACAAAGCAUCAUGGGAGAUGUAGUCCAUAACAUCUGAAAGGCCGAUAGUUGUCCACCCCUGCUUUAAACGGAAGGUAUGGCAACCAAUGACAUAAGGAGCUCACAUACUGAUGUAUACUGCAGUAUGCUGCUUAAAAACCUGGCUUGAAAGAUAUGACCUAAACUAAAAUCAAAGUUAACCUCAAAGUUUGUCUUGUGCCAUCUGAGUUAAGAUUAUCCUACAUCUCGAAAUGCACCUUUGUCAUUUUCUCACUAUGUUGCUGCACAUUCUUCAUUUAUUUAUACAUGUUUAAGGCAUGUCAAGAUGAAGGCCAUAAAUACAAUAUUUGAUUGUAAAAUAUAUUAAUAAGCAGAAAUGAAGCUUGCUUUUUUUCAAUAAAUGCAAAUUGUAUAUAAAAAAUUAAAAAUGUAUAUUUUGCACUGGAAAUUUUAGUCUGCUUUUUAAGAAAAACAAAAACAAAUGUGUUGGUAAUCACGUAAAUACAUAGCUAUGCAUAUAUUUCUGAUAUUUACAGAAGUUAUCUGGCUUUGCUAUAAAAAUAUUGUAAAAAGAUAAAACCUUGCAUAUGUUGAAAAUGUUCACUGCUCUGUAAAAGGACAAUGUGCGUUAAAUAAAAUGGUACAGCACUUGGAAAUAAA